AAUGGGCAGCUGUAAACUACAGGCUUAUUCUUUCUCCUGGCAGCAUCAGUGUUGUGCAAGAGGCAGCAGAACCACUAUGUAAGGGUUUUUCCCCCGCCUUUGAUAGUUAAGCCAUGUUACCUAUAAAGUUCCUGUAGGUAAUUAAUAUAGUGAAAAUGCUUUUAAUUAGAGUUAGGGCCAUAGUCACACGUUUUUGAGGUGCUUUUGCUUUUUUUGAGAGGCUAUUAUUUAAAAGACAUGGAGGAGUGCUUAUCGUGCGAACAGACAAUUAUAAAAGAGGGCAUGCUGAUGAAACAGACCAGCUCAUUCCAGCGGUGGAAGAGGCGAUACUUCAAACUGCGAGGGCGAACUCUUUACUACGCAAAAACUGCCAAGUCAAUCAUUUUUGAUGAGGUGGAUCUGACAGAUGCCAGUGUAGCAGAAUCCAGCACUAAAAAUGUCAAUAACAGCUUCACGGUUAUUACUCCAUGUCGGAAGCUCAUCUUGUGUGCUGAUAACAGAAAAGAAAUGGAAGACUGGAUUGCAGCACUGAAGACUGUACAAAACCGUGAACAUUUUGAGUCAACUCAAUACAGUAUGGACCAUUUCUCAGGGAUGCAUAACUGGUACGCUUGUUCCCAUGCUCGACCAACAUACUGCAACGUCUGUCGGGAGGCAUUGUCUGGGGUCACAUCCCAUGGACUUUCCUGCGAAGUGUGCAAAUUUAAAGCCCACAAGAGAUGUGCUGUCCGGGCAACUAAUAACUGCAAAUGGACAACGCUAGCUUCUAUCGGAAAGGAUAUCAUUGAAGAUGAAGAUGGGAUUUCAAUGCCACACCAGUGGCUUGAAGGAAACCUACCAGUGAGUGCCAAAUGCACAGUAUGCGAUAAAACCUGUGGCAGUGUCCUGCGCUUGCAAGACUGGCGCUGUCUCUGGUGCAAAGCUAUGGUACAUACCUCGUGUAGAGACUUGUUACCAACCAAAUGCCCUCUAGGCCUUUGUAAGGUAUCUGUCAUCCCUCCUACAGCUCUCAACAGCAUUGAUUCAGAUGGUUUCUGGAAAGCCACAUGCCCCCCCUCUUGCACAAGCCCUUUGCUAGUAUUUGUCAACUCAAAAAGUGGAGAUAACCAGGGUGUAAAAUUUCUACGACGAUUCAAACAACUGCUGAAUCCCGCACAGGUCUUUGAUCUCAUGAAUGGAGGGCCUCACCUCGGUUUACGUUUAUUCCAGAAAUUCGACACCUUCCGAAUUCUGGUUUGUGGUGGGGAUGGAAGUGUUGGAUGGGUACUCUCUGAAAUUGACAGCCUCAGUCUCCAUAAACAGUGUCAGCUGGGAGUAUUGCCUCUAGGCACAGGCAAUGAUCUUGCUCGUGUUCUAGGCUGGGGAUCUGCUUGCGAUGAUGACACCCAACUCCCACAGAUACUGGAAAAGCUGGAAAGGGCCAGUACCAAAAUGCUUGACAGAUGGAGCAUUAUGGUGUAUGAAACCAAACUCCCUCGUCAAGCAUCAGCUUCUAUAGGCACUGAAGAUUUCAAUGAAGAUUCUGAGGUGCAGCAGAUUCUCUUCUAUGAAGACUCUGUGGCUGCUCAUUUAUCCAAAAUCUUGACAUCUGACCAACAUUCAGUGGUCAUCUCUUCAGCCAAGGUGCUUUGUGAGACUGUGAAGGAUUUUGUGGCUCGAGUAGGGAAAGCCUAUGAGAGAGCACCAGAAAGUUCUGAAGAAUCAGAAGUAAUGGCAACAAAGUGCUCUGUUUUGAAAGAGAAGCUGGACUCCCUUUUGAAGACACUGAAUGAAGAAUCUCAAGCUUCAUCAUCUUUGCCAAACCCGCCUCCUACUAUUGCAGAAGAAAUAGAGGAUGGUGAUGGUUCUGGCAACGCAUGUGAUUCUUCGAGUGACCGCUCUGUAGGGUCCUCAUGUCCUACCCGCCCUCAGAUAUUUCGACCACGUGAGCAAUUAAUGUUGAGAGCCAACAGUUUGAAAAAAGCCAUUCGUCAGAUUAUAGAGCAUGCAGAAAAAGCUGUGGAUGAACAGAAUGCUCAAACACAAGAACAGGAGAGCUUUCUCUUGUGCCUCUCCAACACUGAAGAAGGAAAAGAUCUAAGGAAUGAAAAUAAAAUUACCUUACAGUCUUCACAUGCUGGCAAUUACGGAUUUCCAAAAGGAAGAAGCCAUCGGAAAGUGAUCAAGCCUCCUUGUGAAAGAUUAAUAAAUAAAGGAAGUUUGCCAGUGGGAAGCUCUGCCUCUCUUCCUCCCCAGACAGGAAACCGGGAUAAUCUACCAAUGCUAAAUGCAAAGAUCAUCUAUCCCAAUAUCCGUGCUGGAGCAUCCGGCUCUCUACCUGGAGGCUCUGUUAUCAGCCGUUUGUUGAUCAAUGCAGACCCAUUUAACUCUGAGCCAGAAAAUCUUGAUUGUUAUGUAGAAAAAUGUGUGAUGAAUAAUUAUUUUGGAAUUGGACUGGAUGCAAAGAUCUCUUUGGACUUCAACAACAAGCGUGAUGAGCACCCAGAAAAGUGCAGAAGUCGUACAAAAAACAUGAUGUGGUAUGGAGUGCUUGGGACAAAGGAGCUGCUUCACAGAACCUACAAAAACUUAGAACAGAAAGUUUUGCUAGAGUGUGAUGGGCGUCCAAUUCCUUUGCCCAGUCUUCAAGGAAUUGCUGUUCUCAACAUCCCUAGCUAUGCUGGAGGCACCAACUUUUGGGGAGGCACUAAAGAAGACGAUACAUUUACAGCCCCUUCCUUUGAUGACAAGAUCCUGGAAGUUGUGGCUGUAUUUGGCAGUAUGCAAAUGGCUGUCUCGCGUGUGAUCAAUCUUCAGCAUCACCGGAUUGCCCAGUGUCGGACAGUGAAGAUUGCAAUUCUGGGAGAUGAAGGAGUUCCUGUGCAAGUUGAUGGAGAAGCUUGGAUCCAACCCCCAGGAUAUAUUUGGAUUGUUCAUAAAAACAGGGCACAAACACUAACCAGAGAUAGGGCAUUUGAGAAUACCCUAAAAUCCUGGGAAGACAAACAGAAGUGUGAGCUAGCUCGGCCUUCGUCAUUCUCAUUGCAUCCAGAGAUUAUAUCUGAAGAAGAGUCCAUUCACAUCAAUCAGUUUUGCCAAGCAGCAGGAGCUUUGAUCCACAGCAUACGGGAAAUUGCCCAAUCAUUUCAAGACAUGGAACAAGAACUUGCUCAUGCGGUCAAUGCUAGUUCCAAAUCAAUGGACAAAGUAUAUGCUAAAUCCAAAUCUACAGAGGGCCUGAAUUGCAACCUUGUUGUAGAGAUGGUUAAUAAUGUGAAGGCUCUGCACAAUGAGACUGAACUGCUCUUGGCUGGGAAGAUGGCCCUGCAAUUGGAUCCUCCGCAAAAGGAGCAGCUCCUGGCAGCCUUGAAUGAAAUGGACUUGCAUAUGAGGAAGCUAGCAGACAUUCCAUGGCUGUGGCAACUCAUGGAGCCCAGUGAUGAAGAGAACCAAAUGCUGGAAUAUUCUAAACGCAGCCGGAGUGGCAAAUUUCGCCUGGUGACAAAAUUUAAAAAGGAUAAAAACAACAAGAAUAAGGAGACACGGAGCAGCUUGGGAUUGCCGGUUCACCUCUGGGGAACGGAGGAGGUUGCUGCCUGGCUUGAGCACCUCAGUCUUUGUGAAUAUAAGGAUAUCUUCAUCCGGCAUGACGUCCGGGGCUCUGAGCUCCUGCAUCUUGAACGGAGAGACCUCAAGGACCUAGGAGUGACCAAAGUGGGCCACAUGAAGAGAAUAUUGCAUGGGAUCAAGGAACUGAGCAAGAAUAUUCCUGCCAACGAGGCUUAGCGUCUGUUUUCAGAGCUUGCAUUUACCAUUCCUCCUGAUAUCUGCAUUUUGACACAUACACAGCAGAUUUGAUCAGAAUUGUCUCUAUGGAUCGGCCAAACACUGCCACCUGUGUUAAGAGCUCAAAUCCAGCUUUUCAUGGUGCUACCUUUCUGAUGUGGGAUACAGUUCUAUUCAGUCACACAGCACCUUGUAAUCGAUGCCAGUGUUAACUUUGUCUUAGCCAACUGCCUUUAACUCAGGCCCGAAGCCACUUGCUAGAUUCUAAACACCUUUCUGCCAGCCCUAGGAAACGAUCCCGUGAACAACAUUUGUGUGUGUGUGUAGAGUUAGUCACAGAAGCCAAUAUGCUAACUUUCCUUAUGACUGGGGAUCUUGAUAUGUUUUAAGAACUAUGAAAGCUCCUGUUCCUCCUUUGUACAUCAUCAUAAAAAUUAACUACUGCCAAGAAGGCAGUGAGUUUAUAAACCAACUACUUGGGACAGCCAAAUGAAGUAAUUUAAGUAUACAUAAUGCCAGUCCAUUACUAUUGAUGCUUUGGGAUAAGUUCAGAGUUAAUUUAAAUUAGAAGGAUUCCUCUUUCAAUGAGUUCCCUUUUUCUGAAACAGAGAAACAAAUUUAACAUUGAUCUGUAUGUGCAGAUUCUUUUUUUCUUUCUAGGAACACAAGUUGUUCUUAACACUAACAGUUUGAUUAUCUUGUAAUCCUUGUAGGUGUUAAUGGAAUGGGAUUUCACAUUGUUCUGGCUCAAAACAUCAAGUGCCUAGAAAUACUGAAAAUCCAGAAGUGAAUCUGAGGGGGCAGAAUGUGUUGUUGACUCUGCUCCACAGUGAAUAACCUAAAAACACACACGUAAUGCACUAUUUGGGCACUUUUGGAGACAGCAAGGGAGCCUUCUGUGCAUAGUUGUUGGGCAAGAUGUAACAUUUCUUCCUUUUCAUUAAUGUUUCCUGAGCCUUACAAACCUAGAACAUUGCUUCAGACAUACAUAAUAUUUCUCUGUUUUAGGAGAAAUCUCUGGCAAACCUUUACUAAUGUAAUUUCACUGAAUUAUUCAGAAGUUCUUCUGAGACAUCACUUCAGAAUGUUAUCUGCUCUUGUUUCUUCCUGUCACUUAUUUUGCAGGAGAGGAUGACAUGGUCUUAUUUAGGGAAAACUAGAAUCGAACUUCUAAUAGAAUUCACAGGAGAGAUCUUAAACCUGAGCCCCAUGUUUUUCUAAUUCUGUCCCAUUAUCACUGUUUGCCAAUAUAAUUUUGCCUUACUGGUAAUAGAGUAUUUGUGCAUGUUUGGAGGAAUGUGAGUUGCAAGGCACAGGUAUUCACCAGAAAAACCACUGUCCUGAAUGCUUUCAUUUUCUGUGAUGCUUAAAAGUCUGUGCCACAUUUUGCAGUAUGCCACCAACCUUCAAAUGUAAAAAUAAUUUCUGACACUCUGUGAUUGGUGAAAAUCGUACAGCAGCCUCUUCCAAUUUCUAGUGAACACCUCAGGGAGCUGAACCGCCACGUUAAAAAAAGACACAGCAAAAACCCCACGAUUUUCUAUCCCUUUCACUGUGGAAGAACUGUAGUGCUUGUUUUUCUGCUUCUAGAAUUUUCAUGUGGAAUUAAGGAUGCUUUCUUUUUUUAGCUUGUUUCAUCUUGCUGUAAGAAGAGCGGCUUUGUUUUAUUCCAUUGACUCAACUUAAUAGGAUGCCUGUUCUGUUCUACAUUCAAGUGAUAUCAGCUUUUGAUAAAACUAUUUACAGGGAGUUUGCUUGUUAACAGUUCUCUCAAGGAAUGUUUUUGCACUGACGCCAGUCCCAACAUAUUCCAAUAUAUUCCUUUGUAAGAAUCGCUCAAUACGUUGAGAUUUGAGAAUCAAGAGUUUUCCACCUUUUCCGUUGACUUAGGAAAUGGGAUUUGUCUGUUGAGUGCUUUUACAUUUGCAUUUAUGUUUAGAGGGGUAGGAUGGAGCAAUUAUAGGCCAAAGUCCUUCUGAAUGCAUUUAUUGCUACCAGAAGUAAGAUGGCUUCUGUGUGCAGAAACAGGGGACCUUAUAAAGAAAUGCCCAAGUACCACAAGCAUGUACGUCUGCUGUCUACCUAGGAACCGUUUACUUUAAGAUAUAUUUGCUGGCUAAAUAAAAUUAAGAAACAGACAGAAGAAAAAGCUUGUGAGGAAUACCAUGGCAAGCUAGACAUUUCAACAUUGAAUUUCAACUAGGUUAUUUUAACUUGAUAAAACAUGACACUUGAAGCAUAAGGUAUUCCAGCUGCAUAUUUGUUGGCCCAUUUUAUACUGUUUAAUUAAUUUGAGUUGGAAAUGAGAUGCAUUCCAUUUUGAAGAAAAUGCCAUUUUUUAUAUUUUGCAGCUAUUUUUCUUGGCCUGUCACUGGAAUAUUACCUGUUAGUGUUUUGUAAUGGGUCCAUUAAAUUUCAGUUUGGUAUGUUGAAUAGUAUUAAAAGAAGUGCCAGUCCUGACCAUCUUUAAGAAGAAGGAGGUGUGGGAUCAGAGCCAACAUUAUGCUAGCCAAUUUCUGGUCACGCACUUGUGCCACUCCAAAUAAUGUUGGUAGCUAUUGGGGGAAUUUCCCCCUCCUAUUUCAUUGACAGGAGUCCUCCCAGUAGAAGUUUCUGGUUGGAAGUAACCCAUGGUUUUCUAACCAAAGUUGCUUUUCAGGUUGCAGAAUAUCCAUCUUUAAUUCACUGCAGCUGCUAGAUGUAUAUAUGAAUAAGCAGUGCAAUCCUAUAUAUGUUUAUUCCAGAAAUACGUUCCACGGAUGGUUUGUCCUCAAGUACUUAUGCAUAGGACUUCAGCCAGUUAUUUAAUGUUUAAUUCUAGUGGAUAUAUUCACAAUUUCAAUCUCUGGACACUUGAAAAGUACAAAUUCCACUAGGAUGUGCGUGAUAGGAACUGUAAGGAGGCACUUGGUGCCAGUAUCUGCUGAGAAGCUCUGACCACCUAGAUCAUUUUAAAAUUAUUUUUUAGUAUUAUUUAAAGAUGAAUAUAGUUUGAGUGGUAAAUUAAAGACUGUUUACACAAAACUCUAUGUAUCUUAACAGAUGUUUGUGAUGUAAAGAAAAGGAAGAAAACUGUUUUUAUAAGUCAUUUGAUGUCAGUUGUUCAUUUCGGACUGUUCUUCAGGGGUGUUGUAACCAUUACUGUUAUCUGUCAACAUAGGGAAACAUUUCAAUCUGUACAGUCUUGGGAAGAAGGUUUUGUGCCUUAAAUGUAGAACAUGCUAUUUAUUAUUUUAAUUUAUACCGUGAUUGCCAUGGAAACGCCUCUUGUAUGUACAUAUUUUGCAGCUAUUCGUUGUAAAUAUAUUGUUCCUGUAUAUAUAUAAAAAAACUGUUUCUGAA